UUCCGCACGCAACGCGCCCAGCCGCCGCCUCUUCCUUCGCCGGGCCCCGGGCCUCUGCGCAGACAACAUGGAGGCCGUGAAGACCUUCAACAGCGAGUUGUAUUCGCUGAAUGACUAUAAGCCACCUAUUUCUAAAGCAAAAAUGACCCAGAUUACAAAGGCAGCCAUCAAAGCUAUUAAGUUCUAUAAACACGUGGUACAAAGUGUUGAGAAAUUCAUUCAGAAAUGUAAACCAGAAUACAAGGUACCUGGACUGUAUGUUAUUGACUCCAUCGUGCGACAAUCCCGGCAUCAGUUUGGUCAAGAAAAGGAUGUGUUUGCACCCAGAUUUAGUAAUAACAUCAUUAGCACUUUCCAGAAUUUAUAUCGUUGCCCUGGGGAUGACAAGAGUAAAAUAGUGAGAGUAUUAAACUUAUGGCAGAAGAAUAAUGUUUUUAAGAGUGAGAUUAUCCAGCCUCUUCUGGAUAUGGCGGCAGGGAUUCCUCCCCCAGUUGUCACCCCUGUUUUGGCCAGCACCACUGCAGCUAUGAGCAAUACUCCAGGAACACCUGUGACACCUGUUACUCCAGCCAAUGUGGUCCAAGGCUUACCUGAUCCAUGGGUAUCGCAGAUAACAAACACAGACACACUGGCAGCUGUUGCUCAGAUCCUACAAAGUCCUCAAGGUCAACAGCUUCAGCAGCUAAUACAAACCUUGCAGAUACAGCAACAGAAGCCCCAGCCUUCUAUCCUACAGGCCUUGGAUGCUGGUCUUGUGGUUCAGUUGCAGGCACUCACUGCUCAGCUUACAGCUGCAGCUGCUGCAGCCAACACGCUUACACCCUUGGAUCAGGGAGUCUCUUUCAACAAGAAGUUGAUGGAUAGAUUUGAUUUUGGGGAAGAUUCUGAGCAUAGUGAAGAAUCCAAAAAGGAGAUUCCUACUCCUCAACUCUCUCACGUUUCUGAGUCUGUGAACAACUCCAUCUUCCAUCAGAUAGCAGAGCAGCUGCAGCAGCAGAACCUGGAGCAGUUGCGGCAGCAACUCCUGGAGCAGCAGCAGCCUCAGAAGGUAACUCCUCAAGAUAGCCAGGAAGGAACAUUUGGGUCCGAGCACUCAGCUUCACCCUCACAAGGGAGUAGCCAACAGCAUUUUCUGGAACCUGAAGCAAAUUUAGAUGAUUCCAUAGACAUUCAGCAACAGGAUAUGGAUAUUGAUGAAGGGCAAGAUGUUGUUGAAGAGGAGAUCUUUGAACCAGAAGCUAAGAAAGUAGCUGUUCGCUCAAGAUCAAGAACUCAUUCACGAUCUCGAUCAAGGUCACCAAGAAAACGAAGGUCUAGGUCACGCUCUGGGUCCCGAAAGCGAAAGCACAGGAAGCGGUCUCGCUCCCGCUCAAGAGAGAGAAAGAGAAAAUCCUCACGUUCCUAUUCAAGUGAACGCAGAGCCAGGGAAAGGGAGAAAGAACGCCAAAAAAAGGGCUUGCCUCCUGUCAGAUCGAAAACACUAAGUGUAUGCAGCACUACUCUCUGGGUUGGCCAAGUGGACAAGAAGGCUACACAGCAAGACUUAACCAACCUUUUUGAGGAGUUUGGACAAAUUGAAUCCAUUAAUAUGAUUCCACCCAGGGGCUGUGCAUAUGUCUGUAUGGUUCAUCGACAAGAUUCAUUUCGGGCUCUUCAGAAACUGAGUUCAGGAUCCUAUAAAAUUGGUUCUAAGGUCAUUAAGAUUGCCUGGGCUUUGAACAAAGGUGUAAAGACUGAAUACAAACAGUUCUGGGACGUGGAUCUUGGAGUCACAUAUAUACCCUGGGAAAAAGUUAAAGUAGAUGACUUGGAUGGCUUUGCAGAGGGAGGCAUGAUUGAUCAGGAAACUGUAAAUGCUGAAUGGGAAACUGUGAAAGCCUCAGAACCUGUUAAAGAGACGGUACAGACUACACAGAGUCCAACUCCGGUUGAAAAGGAGACAGUGGUCACAACCCAGGCUGAGGUUUUCCCUCCUCCUGUUGCCAUGCUGCAGAUUCCUGUAGCACCGGCCGUUCCUGCAGUGAGCUUAGUUCCACCAGCGUUUCCUGUGUCGAUGCCAGUCCCCCCUCCUGGAUUCAGCCCAAUCCCUCCACCUCCUUUUCUACGAGCAAGUUUUAACCCUUCACAACCACCUCCUGGUUUUAUGCCACCUCCAGUUCCCCCACCUGUGGUACCUCCCCCUGCAAUCCCACCUGUAGUACCAACAUCUUUAGUGCAACCACCAUUGUCCAUGACCCCAGAAACUGUGAAAGAUGUGGGAUUUGGCAGCCUGGUUUUACCGGGCGGUUCUGUUGCUGGCAGUCUUGCUCCUUCAACUCUACCAGCUGGAAAUGUUUUUAAUCCUCCCAGUAAAGCAGAGCCUGAAGAGAAAGUACCUCACCUUACAGAACACCAGAUUCCUUCUGGUGAGAAUACCAGACCAGUGAUUCCAAGUGAUAUUCCAAGUAGUGCUGCAAUGUUAGCACAGCCGCCUGGGCCCUCAAGCACCUCUGGGAUCCUGUGUGUGCAGAGACCGAACGUAUCAAGUAAUUCUGAAAUUCUGGGGGUUCGUCCAGCUAAUGUUUCCAAUAGUCCUGCGAUUAUGGGAGCCCAGCCACCAACUAUUCUAAAUAACUCUGGAAUGUUGGGCAUACAGCCACCAAAUGUGUCCAGUGGCUCUGGACUUCUUGGGGUACUGCCUCCAAACUUGCCUAACAACUCUGGACUUGUAGGACUACAACCACCAAAUGUUACAAAUCCUGCUGGACUUUUGGGAACACAGCCACCAAUUGGACCUCAAAACUUACCCCCUUUAACCAUCCCUGCUCAGAGGAUGCCUGCGUUGCCAAUGCUAGACAUUCGUCCUGGACUGAUAGCACAGGCUCCCGGGCCAAGAUUUCCUUUACUCCAGCCUGGAAUUCCACCACAGCGGGGUAUCCCUCCCCCAUCGGUACUUGAUGCAGCUCUUCAUCCUCCACCCCGUGGACCUUUUCCUCCAGGAGAUCUUUUCAGUCAGCCAGAAAGACCUUUUCUGGCUCCUGGAAGACCAAAUAUAGACAAUGUUCCCAACCCAGAUAAAAGAAUACCACUUGGGAAUGACAAUAUUCAGCAGGAAGGAGAUAGAGAUUACCGCUUUCCUCCUAUAGAACCUAGGGAGGGCAUUGCUAGACCUCCUCCAGUGGAUGUUAGGGAUGUGGUCGGGCGACCGAUAGAUCCCAGAGAAGGCCCUGGAAGGCCUCCAUUAGAUGGUAGGGAUCAUUUUGGAAGACCUCCUGUGGACAUGAGAGAGAAUCUUGUGAGGCCAGGUCUAGACCACCUUGGUCGAAGAGAUCACUUUGGCUUUCCCCCAGAGAAGCCUUGGGGGCCUAGAGAUUUUGAUGAGAGAGAGCAUCGAGUUCUGCCUGUCUUUGGUGGUCCAAAAGGCUUACAUGAAGAAAGAGGUAGAUUUCGGGCAGGAAAUUACCGAUUUGAUCCUAGAAGUGGUCCUUGGAACAGAGGAUUUGGACAAGAAGUUCACAGAGAUUUUGAUGACCGCAGAAGACCCUGGGAGAGGCAGAGGGAUAGGGAUGACAGAGAUUUUGAUUUCUGCAGAGAAAUUAAUGGAAAUCGUCUUGGACGAGAUAGAAUUCAAAACACUUGGGUUCCUCCUCCUCAUGCUCGGGUUUUUGAUUAUUUUGAAGGGGCCACUUCUCAACGGAAAGGUGAUAAUGUGCCUCAAGUUAAUGGUGAAAAUACAGAGAGACAUGUUCAGCCACCGCCUUUACCAGUACAGAAGGACCCUGAACUCUAUGAGAAACUGGCGUCUUCAGGUGACGUAGACAAGGAGGAGAGCGGCACAGUUGCUGGUGUAGAGAGUGAAGCGGUGGUAGAAAGCACAGAGACUGAGGGGACAUAACAUCCAUUAACCUCCGUCCCAGCAAAAGCCAGGCUGCAGGUUAAAAUGGGGAACUCUGAGAGUCAAUACACCUUCCAAGGAUCCAAGAAUCAUAGCAAUACUGUCACUGGUGCUAAGCAAAAGCCUUGCUCUCUUAAAAUACGCAGCAUUCAUGCAAAAGACGAAAAGUCCUUGCAUAGUUGGACUCACGGGAGCAGUGGAGCAGGCUACAAGUCCAGAUCCCUAGCCCGAAGCUGCCUUUCCCACUUUAAGAAUCACCAGCCUUACGCCACCAGACUCGGUGGACCCACCUGUAAAGUCUCAAAGGGCACUGCCUACAUCAAGCACAGAGCGAAUGCCCUAGGAAAUGAUUUCCAAGGCAACAAUGGUGCUAUCUUACCCGAGAAUGGCUUCCACUAUGUUGGCCGAGAAUCAGGGGAGAGCCACAUCACCUCCAGGGACUGCAAUGGCCACCUUCUCACCUGUUACGGGAGAAACGACAGCAUUGCCUCCACCCCUCCAGGCGAGGACCGUAGGAGCCCCAGGGUGCUCAUCAAGACACUGGGGAAGCUAGACGGGUGUUUAAGAGUUGAGUUCCACAACGGUGGCAACCCCCACAAAGGGCCCUCUGAGGACCCCAGUGGACCUGUACAGCUGCUGAGAUACUCCCCUACAUUAGCUUCAGAAACCUGCCAAGUGCCAGAAACUAGGCGGCAUUCGGGUGCCGGCUCCCCAGCCAGCCAGGGGCCUUCUCACACUGACUCUCGCCUGCGGUCCAGCAAAGGUAGCUCUCUGAGCUCGGAGUCAUCCUGGUAUGACUCCCCCUGGGGCAACGCUGGGGAGGUGAGUGAGGUAGACGGCUCCUUCCUGGCUCCCAGCACCCCAGACCCCAGCCUCCCCAGCAGCUUCCCAUCCAGUGACACCAAAAAGCCUUUCAACCAAAGCUCUUCCCUCUCCUCCCUCCGGGAAUUGUACAAAGAUGCCACCCUGGGGUGCCGCUCACCUUCUGGCACCUGCCUUUCUUCCAAUGAGUACAUUGGCUCCCAAGUCAGCCUGAACAACCGAGUCUCGUUUGCGUCGGACAUGGAUGUGCCCUCCAGGGUGGAUCAAAGGGAUCACGCGCACUACAGUUCCUUCACUCUCCCGUGCCGCAAGUCCAAAGCCUUAACUGAAGAUGCAGCUAAGAAAGACACCCUCAAAGCCAGAAUGCGGCGCUUCAGUGACUGGACAGGAAGCCUCUCCAGGAAGAAGAGGAAACUGCAGGAACCCAGGUCCACAGAAGGCAGUGAGUACUUCGAUAGCCACUCGGAUGGACUGAAUGCAGAAGUGCAGGUGCCCGCGCAGACAUCUGCCUUACUGUGGUCAGGGGGCUUGGCUCAGACCGUGCCUCACAGAAGCGAAUCCACUCACGCGAUCGGCAGACAGAACAUCUACGAGAAUUUCAUGCGAGAGCUGGAAAUGAGCAGGACCAACACGGAGCAGGCGGAAACGUCCACAGAGACCGUGGAGUCCAGCAGCGAGUCCCUCAGCUCGCUGGAGCAGCUGGAUCUGCUCUUUGAGAAGGAACAGGGGGUGGUCCGGAAAGCCGGGUGGCUCUUCUUCAAACCCCUUGUCACCUUGCAGAAAGAGAGGAAACUGGAGCUGGUGGCUCGGAGGAAGUGGAAACAGUACUGGGUGACCCUGAAAGGCUGUACUCUGCUGUUUUAUGAGACCUAUGGAAAGAACUCCGCAGACCAGAACAGUGCCCCACGGUGUGCCCUCUUUGCAGAGGACAGCAUCGUGCAGUCUGUCCCAGAGCAUCCCAAGAAGGAGCACGUGUUCUGCCUGAGUAAUUCCUGUGGGGAUGUCUACCUAUUCCAGGCUACUAGCCAGACAGACCUGGAAAACUGGGUCACCGCCAUACACUCGGCGUGCGCAUCCCUCUUCGCAAAGAAGCAUGGGAAGGAGGACACGGUACGGUUGCUGAAGAGCCAGACCAGAAGCCUGCUUCAGAAGAUAGACAUGGACAGCAAGAUGAAGAAGAUGGCGGAGCUGCAACUGUCUGUGGUGAGCGACCCCAAGAACAGGAAGGCCAUCGAGAACCAGAUCCGUCAGUGGGAGCAGAAUCUGGAAAAAUUUCACAUGGACCUGUUCCGCAUGCGUUGCUAUUUGGCGAGCUUACAAGGCGGGGAGUUACCAAAUCCCAAAAGUCUCCUUGCUGCCACCAGCCGCCCCUCCAAGCUGGCUCUUGGCAGGCUGGGUGUCCUGUCUGUUUCGUCUUUCCAUGCUCUGGUAUGUUCCAGAGAUGACUCUGCUUUCAGGAAAAGAACACUUUCUCUUACCCAGAGAGGAAAAAGCAAGAAAGGCAUAUUUUCUUCAUUGAAAGGUCUGGAUACCCUAGCAAGGAAAGGCAGGGAGAAAAGAGCAUCUAUAACUCAGGUCCAUGGCCUGCAUCUGUAUGGCUCUGCGGUAGACAGCGCUCUCCGAGACAGCACGUGGGAGGUCCAGACUUAUGUCCACUUCCAGGAUAACGAAGGAGUCACUGUGAUCAUCAAGCCAGAGCACAGAGUGGAAGAUGUUCUGGCUUUGGCGUGCAAGAUGAGACAGUUGGAACCCACUCACUAUGGUCUUCAGCUCCGGAAGGUGGUUGACGAAAAUGUCGAGUGGUGUGUGCCCGCGCUGUAUGAAUACAUGCAAGAGCAGAUUUAUGAUGAAAUUGAAGUUUUCCCACUCAGUGUGUACGACGUGCAGCUAACCAAGACUGGGGACAUGACUGACUUUGGGUUUGCAGUCACAGCUCAGGUAGAUGAGCACCAGCAUCUCAGCCGGAUAUUUAUAAGCGAUGUUCUCCCUGACAGCCUGGCGUACGAAGGAGGGCUAAGAAAGGGCAACGAAAUCAUGAGCUUAAAUGGGGAAGCAGUGUCUGACCUUGACAUCAAGCAGAUGGAGGCUUUGUUUUCUGAGAAGAGCGUCGGACUCACACUAGUUGCCCGGCCUGUGGACGCAAGAACAACCCUGUGUACUUCCUGGUCAGACAGUGACCUGUUCUCCAGGGACCAGAAAAGUCUGCCACCCUCUCCCAGCCAGUCCCAACUGUUGGAGGAAUUCCUGGAUAACUUUAAAAAAACCUCCACAAGUGAUUUCAACAAUGUCCCGGAUAUCACGACUGGCCUGAAAAGGAGCCAGACAGAAGGUACUCUGGAUCAGGUGCCCCGCAGGGAGAAGAUGGAGCAAACAUUCCGGAGUGCCGAGCAGAUUGCGGAGCUCUGCAAGGGCUUGAACAGCACCCACGCCAACAGUAUGGAAGCACCAACAGAGAGCCAUGACCCGCCUCCCAGGCCUCUGGCUCGGCACCUCUCAGACGCAGACCGCCUCCGGAAAGUCAUCCAGGAGCUUGUAGACACAGAGAAGUCUUAUGUGAAGGAUCUGAGCUGCCUCUUUGAACUGUACUUGGAGCCACUUCAGAGUGAGACCUUUCUUACGCAAGAUGAGAUGGAGUCACUUUUUGGGAGCCUGCCCGAGAUGCUGGAGUUUCAGAAGGUGUUCCUGGAGACUCUGGAGGAUGGGAUCUCCGCUUCCUCAGACUUUAGCGUCCUGGAAACCCCCUCACAGUUUCGGAAACUGCUGUUCUCCCUUGGAGGUUCUUUCCUCUAUUAUGCAGAUCACUUUAAACUGUACAGUGGAUUCUGUGCCAACCACAUUAAAGUACAGAAGGUUCUAGAGAGAGCUAAAACCGACAAAGCCUUCAAGGCUUUUCUGGAUGCCCGGAAUCCCACCAAGCAGCAUUCCUCCACGCUGGAAUCUUAUCUCAUCAAACCUGUGCAGAGAGUGCUCAAGUACCCUCUGCUCCUCAAGGAGCUGGUGUCACUGACCGACCAUGAGAGUGAAGAACACUAUCACCUGACAGAGGCACUAAAGGCCAUGGAAAAAGUAGCCAGUCACAUCAAUGAGAUGCAGAAGAUCUAUGAGGAUUACGGGACAGUGUUUGACCAGCUGGUGGCGGAGCAGAGUGGCACCGAGAAGGAGGUAACAGAGCUGUCUAUGGGGGAACUUCUGAUGCACUCUACAGUUUCCUGGUUGAACCCAUUCCUGUCUCUGGGAAAAGCCAGGAAGGACAUUGAGCUCACAGUAUUUGUUUUUAAGAGAGCUGUCAUACUGGUUUAUAAAGAAAACUGCAAGCUGAAAAAGAAACUGCCUUCCAAUUCCCGGCCUGCUCACAACUCUGCUGACUUGGACCCAUUUAAAUUCCGCUGGUUGAUUCCCAUAUCUGCACUUCAAGUGAGACUGGGGAACACGGCAGGGACUGAAAACAAUUCCACAUGGGAGCUGAUUCAUACCAAGUCAGAAAUUGAAGGACGGCCAGAAACCAUCUUUCAACUGUGCUGCAGUGACAGUGAGAGCAAAACCAGCAUUGUUAAGGUGAUUCGUUCUAUUCUGAGAGAGAACUUCAGGCGCCACAUAAAGUGUGAGUUACCAUUGGAAAAGACAUGUAAGGAUCGUCUGGUACCUCUUAAGAACCGAGUUCCUGUUUCAGCCAAAUUAGCCUCAUCCAGGUCUUUGAAGGUCCUCAGAACAUCCUCCAGCAGCGAGUGGCCCAGUGAGCCCAGCAAGGGCAACUCACUGGACUCGGAUGAGUGCAGCCUGAGCAGCGGCACCCAGAGCAGCGGCUGUCCGGUGGCCGAGAGCAGGCAAGACUGUAAGAGCACUGGGUUGGACAAGGAUGCCCAGGGCCUGGCAGAGUUCCCAGAUGGCCUCAUCAAAGAAAGCGACAUUCUGAGUGAUGAGGAUGAGGACUUCCACCACCCUCUGAAACAGGGCAGCCCUACUAAGGACAUCGAGCUUCAGUUCCAGAGACUGAGAAUCUCUGAGGAACCUGACAUGCACCCGGCUGGGCAGCAGCCUCUCACAGGGCCGGGUGAACAGCCCAAGCUGGUCAGGGGCCACUUUUGCCCCAUUAAACGAAAAGCAAACAGCACCAAGAGGGGCAGAGGAACUUUGCUCAAGGCACAGACUCGUCACCAGUCCCUGGACAGCCAUCCGGAAACUGCCAGCAUUGAUCUAAAUUUGGUUCUGGAGAGAGAAUUCAGUGUCCAGAGUUUAACUUCAGUCGUUAAUGAGGAGUGUUUUUACGAAGCACAGAGCCAUGGCAAAUCAUAGUAUGAUUUGUGUGAUGUGGUUACAAUGCUCCUAUGUUUUUAA